AAAAUUACGCCAGUUUGGCUUAGCAGAUGACGAUGGCUGCAAUGGCGAACGCUGCGACUGGUCGAAUGUGCAAUACCCACAAUAUCACCAUUCAUUCCAUUGCACAGACCGCCAAUCUUCGUCCUCAAAACCACUCUUUGUGGCCUCAGAACUACAAUGAAUUCACAGGCGUUGCAAAAUUUGAACAUCCCAAAUCAUCUUUCCCUAAAAGAUGUAAUACCAUAAUGUCGGCUUCAUCUUCAGAAGUAUUAACAGAAACUGCCCAGGCCCUGUCCAGCGGUCUGGACGAAACAGCGUUUGCAUUACUGGGAGGAGGAGCCAUUGCUGCUCUGGCAGCUGCGCUAUCUUUUGCAGACCCCGAGAAGAGAAGGAAGCAGCAGGCAGCCGAAACGGGUGGAGAUGAAAAAGAAGUUGUAAGAAACUAUUUCAAUACCGCUGGUUUUGAGAGGUGGAAAAGAAUCUAUGGAGAAACAGCUGAUGUGAAUUCUGUUCAGCUGGACAUUCGUGAGGGACAUGCACAAACUGUAGAAAAAGUUUUACAGAUGGUUAAAAAAGAUGGAUCUUUAAAUGGUAUCAGUGUUUGUGAUGCAGGCUGUGGGACUGGUAGCCUGUCUAUCCCUUUGGCAAUGGAGGGGGCCAUUGUCUAUGCAAAUGACAUUUCAUCUUCCAUGGUAGCAGAGGCAGAAAGGAAGGCCAAUGAAGUACUGAAGCCCUCUUCUUUGGGAUCCACAUUGGUGAAACCAACAUUUGAGACUAAGGACUUGGAGUCCUUGGAUGGGAAGUAUCAUACUGUGGCAUGUUUGGAUGUUUUGAUACAUUACCCACAAGAUAAAGCAGGAGAAAUGAUUGCUCAUCUUGCCUCUCUCGCUGAGAAAAGACUUAUUUUGAGCUUCGCCCCCAAGACUUUGUAUUAUAGCGUGUUAAAGAGGAUUGGGGAGCUUUUUCCUGGUCCCUCCAAGGCUACUAGGGCUUAUUUGCACUCUGAAGAGGAUGUGGAGGCAGCCCUCAGGGCAGCUGGAUGGGAGGUUAGAAGAAGAGACAUGACUGCAACAAAGUUCUACUUUUCGAGGCUGCUGGAGGCAGUGCCUGCUGUUUCUCGGUGAGAGGUCAGUUUUUGUUACAAAUAAUAGGCGCCUUUAGAUCAGUAUUAGCGCCUCUGGGAUAACUCUGAUAAGUAUCAAGGAAUUUUGAGGGUGCCUUGCUGAAGGCAUUGGUUUGGUUAUUCUGAUUAAGAACCCAUAUCCACGAGUAAAAAGUCAUGUAAUCCAUGUACUAAUGAAGCUCUAGUUAGAGGGAUGUGUAAUUCAAUUCUUUUGAUAUGCACACAAACCGUGUUGUAUUCAUAGCAGGCCAUGUAAUGUAGAUUUUCCACUAUAGACUUUUAGUUGGGAGGAAAGGAUUGUGUUUUAAGUUUUUCUUAGGUUAAAGUAGUCAGCUUCUGUACAAAAAGGGCUUUGGAUGAUACAUGUCCAAUAAAAUCUUUCCAGUGAGGAAAAAAUCAAGUUGCGUUCGAAAGGGAAUUUUAUGCCAUCUGAUAAAUUUUUCUUGCCAAUACUGGGUGUCUUCCUAUGUAGUAUCUCAAAUCUGGAUGCUGUGAAAAACUGUUACAAGAACAUCUGUUCAUAAGAACAUUAAGCAUCACUGCCAUAUGGAAUUCAUUACUUCAUAUUUGUGGCAAUGGAUCCUUUAAAAAAAGGAUCAAUUGGGUAUUCAGCUACUUUAUACUUUAGUAGCUUUUAUUCGGGGAAAAGGCAAAGAGCCAGCAUGCACAUAUUUCUUAAAAUUUAUUCUAAAGAGGAAUUUUUCUUGAA